AUGUAUGGAGACCAGAACGUGUUUGUGAAGGGGCAUAUGAUCAAUGAGGCUGACGUCGACGAUGACGUCGUGUGGACUUUGCCAAUGAGAGGUAAGUGUGAUUAUGAACCAGGGCUGUGUAUAAAUACCGCCUUCAGACACUUAUCAUUAUCAAUGCUGUUGAAUCCACAUUUUCAUUUACAAACGUAUUUAAGAAUCAAGAUGCUGGCUUUAAUUCUGAUUUGCUUCAUCCUGCUCUUUGUGACGGGACUUAUUGUAAUCCGACGGCAAUUUCGUACUUUGAAAAUCAAGAAAAGAGAGGACCUCUACGUCAUGAUAACAGGCUGUGAUUCUGGUUUUGGCAACUUGCUUGCCAAACAUCUGGACACCCUUGGUAUGAACGUAUUUGCCGGUUGUCUUACGAAGAAAGGAGGCGAAGAUCUGAAAAAGGCAACAUCUAACAGGGUUCUAAUAAUUGAUCUGGAUGUAACGAACAGCGAAAGUGUAGCUGAAGCGUUCGAGACAGUGACGGCCAGACUGCCACAUGGUAGAGGACUAUGGGGACUGGUAAACAAUGCCGGUAUAUUUGGACAAUCUUGUUUUGUUGCCAAUGACUGGCUGAGCAUCGACGAUUAUAAGUCAGUGAUGGCUGUUAACUUAUACGGAACCAUAGAAAUGACGCGGACAUUUCUUACUUUGAUCAGGAAGGAGAAAGGUCGAAUUGUCAACACGACUAGCGUGUCUGGCAGAGUUGCCAUCGGAGGAACACCUUACAUCUGUUCUAAAUACGCCGCGGAGGGAUUCUCUGAUUCUCUGCGAACUGAACUGUGGAAGUCAGGAAUUACAGUCCAUAUUAUAGAGCCAAGUGGAUACAAAACCAACUUUUGUUCAGGAGAAGGCAUCAUUGAGAAUCUGGAGAAAAGGUAUCGGGAACUAGACCAAGAGAAACGGGAAUAUUACGGAGAGGAUUUUGUACAAAAAUUAGCGUCACAGAUGGAUUUCGAUGGCAAUAUGUCUUCAAAUCUGAACGAGGUGAUUGAAGCUUACACGCAUGCGCUGACUGCCCGCUUCCCGAAGGCCCGUUACGUGGUAGGAUGGGAUGCCAAUACUUUGUAUCGUUUUCUGUGGACGGCGCCGGAAUGGCUUAGCUCUUUCCUUCUCAGCAGAUCCUGGCCAACACCUCGAGGGGUGCUGCAGCAGCAAAUGUAA